AUGCUGAGUCCACGGAAAAGCGGUGUAGGUUGUCGAAAUUGGUGCAUAUUUCCUAGUCAGAAGAGAAAAUAUUGAAACUCCCGGUGACAGAGAUAGUUGAUCAGGACGAGCGCGUUCGUUAUGGUCCAGAAGGUGACAUUGACAAGGAAUCAGGUAGUUAAAAUUGCUGUUCUCGCUGGAAAUCCACAAUCAGCAUAAGUUCCGACUGUUUUCGCUGCAUCUCACUCUGUUUUCAUUUUAAUUUUUUCAUUUUUAACAUAGGGGAUGGUUUUUACUGCAUUUAAAUUACACGACUGUUAACGUUUGAGACUAUAGUCAGGCCUCUCCGUAUCCAAUGAGAUAAUCUAAUCAUGCCUCUUAUUCAAUUAUUUCACGUAUAUUACAUCUUAUUAGCAAACUCUGUCUAGUAGAUAUAUAUUUAUCGAGAUUCAUAUAUCGACUGAAUAUCUAUUUUGUCGCAAAAAUAAAUAUCUGUUUGAUAUCGCUUAAUCGAUAUACUACACUGACGGCGAAAAUGAGGCUUAAUACCGUGCGCGCUCAUUCCUUUUCGUGUGCUUUUUCCUCCCGCUUUUACCCAGAGGAACUUUGGAGACGGUUAUUCUGGAUUAAUUAUAUUUAAAAUUAUAAUUGCUUGAUAUGUACAGUGCUUAAGCAAAUUUGCUGAGUCCCUUCGUUGGUCACUGUGUCGACCGGGGUCAGCAAUCAGUAGAAACUCCUGGGAUGUCGUCUACAAGUCAGAAUUAGUUCUUGAUAAAUGAAAAUUGAUUUAUCACCCCCUUCUCUGUUAACUUGCGACUUUUGUUUCCUUUGUACAUGGCUGUCCAGCGACCGUUUCAGGCGCUUGGUAAAAGCAGACUCAAGGUCUGAUAACCGUAUGCCGCCGCUUGUGUUCCAUGCUGUGAAGACUUCUGAAUAUCAUAGAGCUGUGCAAGUAAUGACAGACACACGAACUAUAGUCUCGUAUAGUUUUGAUUCGCCGAGGCCUUUUUUCGUUUUCCUCCCCUUGAAAUUUACAUGUAAACCUAUUUCGUCCUCGAAUAGAGCGAAAAAUAUUCAUUUCACGAAGUCGCCUACGUUUUGCCCACUAAGUCAUGUAAGGUAGGAUGUCUAACGCAAAGAGAGCAUACCAGUUGGUUUAGGAAGCUAUUUUCCAGUAAUUGGACGUUCAGCUGACAAAACUCAGCCGCCGUACGCAACUGCUGAGUUACGGGGUUCGGCGACAGCUGGGUAGCAGCCUGGCUGGAAGUGUCUGCCCACUGGAGGAUCUGUGACUCCAACAAACGUUGACGUCCCAUAACCUUCCUAAGGCCCUCCAUGACGACAUCCAUUUUUGCCGACAAUGCUGCCAUGUGUUUGCACAUCAGAAGCCUUAUACGCUCUAGAUCGCCAGCUGAUGGCACUUUUGAAGAAUAAGUUCAAGGAAAAGUGACAUUACCGUCGUCUGUCUGAUCGCAUCUGCAGAUGCUGUUCAAUUUCUACACAUAUACAUAGCCGUGUAAAAUGUUUUUGUAACCUGAAUAAUAGCCCUACCAAUCGCGGAGCAUUACUUUCACCUCGUCUUAAUUCUUUUUGAAUCCAUGGUAUACGUUUCCUAUACGCUAUUAAGGUUACGUAAAAGCCGACUUCAGUGCUUAAACAAAUGUAUGUGGCUUAGCCUACAUCUUCGGUGGAAAUGAGGUAUUGCACUUGAGCGAUCUGGUGUUUUUGUGUCCCAUUCACCAAACUCGUUAGAUUUUUUGACGCCACAGUUGUUAACGUGUUCAACAUUACCGUCCAUACAGGACCAUCAAAUACCUGGUAGUUUCAUAACUUUCGAAAAUAACAGGCUCAUUCUUUAGGGGCAUAUGCGCCUUUUGAAGAUUAAUACGCUUCACUCCAUCGUCCCUAGUUUGAAGUUGUAUUAAAAUAUAGUAUUCCUAAGGUCAAACAUGCAACCCUUGUCGCGUAAAGGGUCUGACCUUUAUAGGUUUCAUAACACCUCCUCAGUGAUCUCACAUCUAUAGAGGUUUUGAAGAACGGCCAACAGACAACUGGAAGAAUUUGUUUUGAAAUUGUGGUUCACAGUGGAAUUUUCGCGGCCGACAUACAGUUUCAGACAACAUCAGGGAUUUUAAGACAUUUUUUGCAAACUCCACGUCAGAACUAAAGUGGUGGACGUUUUCUUUUUCAUUUCGGUUUUGCCCUCUAUUAUAGCAUAAAAGAUGUGCAUUCGUCGAUCUGUCAACUAAUUGAAUUAGUUAUUGUAUGUCUGUUUGCAUGAUUUUUCGUGUACUGUUCAUUAUUUUCUGCAUACGUCAUGGUCAUAUCAUAAUGCGUUAAUGUUCUGCGUUAUAAAUAAAGCACUGUCGUCUAUAGCGCUCAGAGGCCAGCUAGGCCGGUUUUUCGACUGCUCCUAUAAAGUAACUAACUGUUUAGAGAAAUGGACCUGCAAAAUGUCAUCGGUAACUCAAGUAGAUUUUUAUUCUUUGACAAGUCGUCGAAACGCCCGCGCUCACUAACGACUAAUUCUUACCUUGAUUAGGCACCCUUUGAUAUCAUAAACGACUCAUCAAACAGUUUUUCUGUUUCUUAUUCUCCUAACACACUUCCGGAACUUUCCAACUCGUUAUACGGUCAUUGCGAAGAUAUAGUAAAGCGCCCUAGGACGUUCUGUCAAUUGGCAUAUACGACGACAUCUGUCAAGAAUCCCAGCCGUUAAUCUUUCCUCUAAAUUCUACCAGCGAUAGAAUUUGGAAAGGAACAUAGGGACAGUUGCGUACACACACAAUACAAGAGUCUGUUCCUGUUUAUGAAUAUGUAGUUUGUCAAAUGGCAUUCUCCUAGCAUUUAUGCCGGACUACUAAGUUUUUUCGCGUUAACCCAAGGCUUGUUUAACAAUACAUACAGAGAUGGAAUAAAAGACUCUGCGGAAGAUUUAGUGACAAGCUGAGGCUGUUAUCGGUCGUCAAAGUGGAACUACACGGAAAUCGAGCAAAAUUAAUAUUAUCUUUUAUCGCUAUUUUCUCAUUCCGCGUCAGUUCCUCGAAAGGCAAUGUUAAACUCUAUAUGCAGAUUCGUGCUUGAUUGGUACGAUGAGAAAAGUAAUGCUUCGAAUUCCACAACCCAACCAGACUUCUGCGACAUCACCUUAAGAUCUACCUCAUUUGCCGUUGACAGGUGUGUGAACAAAUUAAAGAUGUUGUAUUUGGCUCUUUAUUUCUGCCUGACUAAGAGAUGUGUCAUUCAACAAAUAGACCUCAUGAUCUUCACUAAGUACCAACAGAAGUUCUGGGCUUAGUACUUAAGUGAAUUCCAAUGUCAAAACGGGUUAUAUAGAACAUUCCAAGUCACUAUUGGACUCCGUUGACUCGAUUAUCCAACAUACAAUAGGAGCGAAAACAUUCGGCUAAUAUUCUUCGGCAUUCAUGUGCGUUGAUUUGCAGCUGACGGAGUUAAAGCGGUACUUUUCUGAAAAGCCGUCAACACUAGACAAGGGCUGAGUUUCAGUUAUUACUACCCAAACUCUCAAACGCCGUUGUGUCCGUACAAACUGCAACAUACUAACUGACUGAAGGGCCGAACAACCACAAUUCUGUGAGUUUUUCAGAGUACAAAGAUGUUUCUGCAGUUUUGUGCGAACAACAAGUACGACGACAAAAGGACCGCUCUCAGAAGUCUAGAAAAAGAGGCCCUACGUGCACAAGGACACUGGGACGGUAACUUGAUAAACGAAGUCCCUCAGGUUUGCCAUCCCGGGCUAUUAUGUUUUGCCAGGUCGGGCAAGCAAAGGACCCACUAUAACUUACGGAAGCUUCGGAAAUUAUAAACAUAAGCCGUGCAACAAUGAGGACUGAAAACUUUUGCAAAAUCUGAGGAAAGCUGAGGAGGCUCCUAUUCGGGCAUGUGUUGACAUCAGAGAGACUGUACCCUAAAUUCAUGCCGAAAAGCGCGAUAGAGGAACUGACCACGGUUUCGGUUUUAGAGGCGAGACCAUCUUAAUCUGAGGUUUUGAGACGCCAGUUUGAUAAACAGGCGCAUUGGCCCCUCCAGUUUACCAGUUCCCAAGACAUUACUUACGCCGUCAAACCAAGAUUGUCGCAGAGUGUUUAAGUACGCUACCAAGAGGCUAUCUGACAACUUUGCCAUGCUGGGGACCGACGCAUUAUCAAGCCAAUUACCUUCUCAGCAGGCCAACUCACCCCCGGCCAACGUUACCUCUAAAUACGCAUGCAACUCUGGACCGUGUCUGUCGCGCUUGUCGAGCGGCCACUACCAGUCAGGACAGAACUUGCAAAAGUAUCGGCCAGCUCAUAAUCUAAUACGUUGGAAAAUAGUCCUGAUUGAUUUUCCUAUGGCUCUGACUUUGACGAUAGGUGUCGUCUCCCAGCUGUUUAAAACGUCACUUUUUUAAUAUACUUGUCCCUAGGGUUUCUGUAUUCUCAGCUUGCUUGCCAAACGUUAAUGUAAUAUAUAGCACUGUCUUAAGCAAGCAAGUUCGUAUGUUCUGCAGGGCAGCAUCUCAAGUUCAAUGACCUGCCUUCACACAACUGUCGAGUUCGGUAAAUGACUUUUGAGGAAAGUUCCGUGGGUCAAUUGGUAUUAGCGACAUGGGCAUUAUAUAGUGUUCCAUCUCAUGUUCCACUGGUAGAUAGUUGAACUUUGCAUUUUUGUGGUUAGGUCGUGCAAUAUAGACAUCCUUAAUGCUUUUCUUUCCUGUGCCUCUAGUACUGACAGGAAGAGACGAUCAUUCACUGAAAUAAGCAUGACGAAUGUUACUAGGUGUAUUUGGAGAGAUUCCACUGCACGAUUAGAACAUGAUCCCGUACUUUACAUAGCAAUUUAAGACAUUGCUUAUCGUGACCCAUUAGCCACCCUAAUAUUUUUCCCAUUUUCCUCCAGUAUCUUGUAAUCUGAGCCUACUGAUUCAUGGCAAACUGCAACUAGCAGCACCGCACCCCUAUUUCAGUAAUCCUACGUAAAAAUGGGACCCACAAAUUCUUAUUUUGUUUUCGAGUCUUAAUGUUUUUAAUUCGGGCUCUCACAAACGAAAACACUACCACAUGUCUUAGUUUGUUUUUUUUUAAAUGGGCUGUCGUCUCUGUUAGCCGCUAAAUCAUCUCCUAUCCCAACAUCAAUGGCCCAACGACAAGCCUCGUAUCCGCCUUCUCCCCCCCAACCGGGCAUGGUUACUAAGACUGGUCAGCUGUUGAGCUCUGUCGGGUCCACUCUGUGGUCUGGUGCUACGGGUGCCGUCUCGCUCAGUUUCGGCGUUUUGCGCAGCGGUGUCAGUGCCGGCAGUUCGGCCAUAACAGGUGUGGCGAACGGAGUGGUCGGUCUUGUAGGCCUUCGAUCAGCCCCAGCAACGGAGACCAACGCGACCACAAACGACAAUUCCAGUGAACAGUGUUCGCCUGCGCCACCUGUGGAGUCUAGUGUAUCCUCAACGGCCAAAAGCUACCUGCCAAAGUCCCUCUUUCGAGGGUCGCGAAAGGACAAGGCUGACUGA